AUGACGGGCGAGCUGCUUAUGCUAAUUUUCCUCGUGUUAUAUUGCCGGGGUGAUGGAAGUCACGCUUCCAGAGUGAAAAGACAGGGAUUACUUCCGCCGCCGAUCGUUUAUCCGUUCGGAGGAACGUUCAAGCUCGUCGUGGGAUUUGCGGUGCCGGUAGAACUCUCGGGCAGGAUUCUGGUUUACGGGCAAAACUUUCAAUUCCAAUACGCCCUGCCGCCGAACGCUACGCUCUUCACGGAGUUCUUCGAGAAUGCCUCGUCGUCACGGCGACGUCGCGACAGUAUUAGCCAGGACGAAAGGAUGACUGUCUACGGGCUUUUAGAGGAGGAGUUUGAGAGAAAAGGAAUGGACGGACGGGAAUGCAUGAAGAAGACUAUUUGCGAAGCAGCAUUGGCGCCUUUGGAGGAUGAAGGACUCGUGGGGGAAUUAUUGCAUCUUUUUCUCACACCUCAAGAAGCACCGAAUUCAUCUUUAGAUCCCGAGUAUCUAGAGGCGCUCGAAUUCGGGCGAAGUAACGGCAACUGUUCACGGAUCUACCGAUCGUGCUUGCCGGGUCAAGGGAUUCUGGAUCAGAUCUCAAGCGUGAUAUUGUAA